CGAACGGCUUGGCCUCUGCCCCCAUUUUCUGCAAUGCAAAUCUGACAAGAGGUUGUGACGUCGCCAAGGCAGGGGGGCAAGGGCAAUUAUUGGAUGAGCAAGCGAUUGGAUCAAGAGCGGGCUUUCCUGCUAAAGGGGUUGCAAAAAAAUGGCAAGAGGCGGUGCAGAUUGUAGUAGCGGCAAGGCGGGCGACGCAGCGACGCCGUGGCUUUGGGAAUACUGCUGCCUGGUGGCGCCAACACCCCUCUCCUACCGCUUUAGGUCAGUUUCUUGGGGACCACAAGGAUGUGCGAGCGAACUCCCGAGCAUGAUGCGACAAUCAGCCCUCUGAGGCGUCGUCAUCCAGGUUACGAGGACAUCUUGUUUUUGUUGUUUAUUUCUUUUUUCCCUUCCACCCUUCCUGAUUGUCGUUUUGAUUCCAGAAGCAUCGUCUCGUCUCGUCGAAUUAGGAGGCGUUCUGCUCACAUUCCUGCGGGCUGCCGAGGAGAAAUUGGCCUGGCGCGGGCGGGGGAUUCCACAGCGCAUGCGUAGGCUGGAAAGGGGAAGCCAAGCAGCUGCAAAGGGGAGGGAAAAAAUACGCGGCUGCAGAACAUCAGAGAAAAAAAAAAAACAGAAAACAGCAGACGCACAAGAACCGGAGCUCAGCUCGGGUUUCCUCACGCUCACCUUGUCAGCCUCCUUCCAGGGGCUGUGCCGACCAAAAGCUGAUCUUUUUAUCGAGAACGACCGGCUUGCAGAGUUGGACGGAUCUUGAACCGCCGCGGCUGCGCCAACAAGCUACAUUUUCUUUUCCCCCUGGUCUCACAACCCCCCGCGCGCGCGCGCAGACGAUCGCACGGCUGGCGGCUUGCACGCACACAACAAGGCAGACACGCACGCACGCGAGAGCCCCUGUUUGCCCCUCUCAACCCGAGGUUCUGGUCUGGCGAGCCAUCGACAAGGCCAGCGACAAGGCCCACCCAUCAGUCGCGUCUCCCCGGCCGUCUUUCCGCCACCAGCCCCUCUCCCGGACCGACUCCUUAUUUGCGUUAUUCGCCACCCGGCUGGCUGUGUCCUGGCCUGGCGGUCCCCCCCCUCGCGCCCGGGGCUCUCACGGAGAAGGGCGCCGAACUCAAUCGGGCGUGUUUUACGCUUGAGCUGCCGUUUGGCGCAUGCCGAGCACGGCAACCGGGACGGCCUUUGUGCGGUUGUCUUUUAUUUGUUCCUUUUCUGAGCCGGGAUUUCCCCUACUUCUGCCCCUCGCCCGGGCCAGCUGCGUAGAGCCGGACCAAGGGCCCACUGCCCGUCCGUAUUCCGGCCUCGUCGUCGCCGGACCGCCGCCGGGGAUAUCACGAGCAAAUCACACCACCCACCAGGAGCUGACCGCCGGCCAGAAGCCAUGGCUAGCUUCAACCUGCCCAUCCGGUCCGUCUCGACGACCUCGACGACGAGCUCGAUAAGAAACCGGGAAUCCAUAUCGGGCCUGAGCACGCCGCCUUCGUCGACGGGCACCGCCGGGCCCGCACGGGACUUUGCGCCCAUCGCCGACCGCCUGAUUGUCGGGGUCGACUUUGGAACCACAUUCUCUGGCGUCGCCGCCGUCUACACGUCGACGCCAGACGACAUCGAGAUCAUAAAGACAUGGCCAGGCGGCAAUGGCAUCACGUCGGACAAGGUACCGACCGAGAUCUCGUACGACGUGCCGCCCGACGCGCCCGUCGGCACGAGCCCGACGGUCAAGUGGGGGUUCCAGUUCCGGCCCGAGGACUCGCGCCUGCGCUGCAUUAAGCUGUUCCUGGACCGGUCGCAGAAGCUGCCAUUCUACGUCAGCCAGCUCGAGACGGCGACGCAGCUGCGGCGCUACAACAAGACGGUCGUCGACGCCGUCUCGGACUACCUGACCCAGGUGCACCGCCACACCAUGGACACGCUCACGCGCCGCUACGGCGAGAGCUUCAUGGCCUCGACAAAGGUCGACUACGUCCUCACCUGCCCGGCCGUCUGGUCCGACGCGGCCAAGAACACGACGCUGCAGGCGGCCGAGCGCGCGGGCAUGGGCGCGAGCGCGAGCAUCUCCAUGAUCAGCGAGCCCGAGGCCGCGGCCGUCUACACCCUCAAGGCGAUCCAGCCCAACCACCUCAACGUCGGCGACAACUUCAUCGUGUGCGACGGCGGCGGCGGCACCGUCGACCUGAUCGCCUACAAGAUCAUGACGCUCAAGCCGCUGCGCGUCGAGGAGUCGGCCGUGGGCACGGGCGGGCUCUGCGGCAGCGCGUUUCUGAACUACCGGUUCGAGGAGCACGUCAAGGGCCGCCUGGGCGCCAGCCGCUUCGACGAGAUGAAGGUCAAGAAGAGCAAGACGUGGCAGAUGGGGCUGCGGUACUUUGAGGACUAUGUCAAGAGGAAUUUCAGUGAGGAGUCGGACGAGUUUAACGUGCCUUUCCCCGGCAUCGCCGACGACGAAGAGGCCGGCAUCGACUCGGGCUUCAUGAUCCUAACGGCGGCGCAGGUCAAGGACAUCUUCGAGCCCGUGGUCAAGGAGGUGUGCGACCUGGUGCAGGGCCAGGUCGACGGCCUGCGCGCAAAGGGCGGCGUCGUGUCGGGCAUCAUCCUGGUCGGCGGCUUCGGGCAGAGCGACUACCUGUACCGGCGGCUCAAGGCGCACUUUACGAGCGCGGCCCCUCCCCCUUAUAGCGAGCGGCCGACGCACGCGGCGGGGGGCUCGUCGGGCCAGGGCGGCGGGGACGACAACGCCUCGAUCGAGGUGAUGCAGCCGCUCUACGCGUGGACGGCCGUGGUGCGCGGGGCGGUGCUGCGCGGGCUCGAGGGCAGCAUGGUCAUCUCGCGCAAGGCGCGCUACCACUACGGCACGUCGUACGCGACCGUCUACGACGAGGACAAGCACUCGGUCAACGAGCGGUACUGGUCGCCGCUGUGGGAGCGGUGGAUGGUGUCUGACCGGAUGCAGUGGCAUAUAGCCAAGGGAGAGGCCAUAUCCCCCCUCUCGCCCAUCGCCUUCCACUACACGCGCAACUUCCGGCCGGGCCAGUCGCUCGUGGUGACGGACGACCUGAUCGCGUGCGAGGCCGACGAGCCGCCCGCGGCCUACACGCGCGACCUGAUCCACACGUGCACCCUGACGACGGACCUCAACGCCGUGCCGCGCAGCCUCUUUACGCGCCUGACGACGACCAAAGGGGUCGAGUUUGACAACCUCGACUUUACGCUCGAGAUGAUUGUCGACAGCGCCGGGCUGGGGUUCGAGCUCAAGGUGGACGGGGUGAGGUACGGGAGGGUCGAGGCCGAGUUUCAUUAGCUGUUCUGUUGGUUUGUGUCGUUCUUGGGAGGAGUUGGGUGGGAACCGGCUCUAGGCGCUGUUGAUCUUUGUGUUUGGCCUGUCUUGGUUUUUUCUUGGUCUAUCUUUUUUUUCUUUUUUUUUCUUUCCCUUUUGGAUAUUUGUCGUUUUCUGAUGCUAUAUAUUCACCAGCGACGUUGGAGCUUUGUGGUCUUGUACAUGGAGCCAAGCAUGCCAUGCUUAAUAAUACAAACAGCAAAAGUUGGCUACAGAGCACGUACAAUACAUGAAAAAGACGGCCUGUCGGGCCGCCCGGAGCCUAUCUCUGCCUCUUCUUGAGGCGCUGGGGUAUAAGAACGAUAGGAAAGAAAAUACAGACAAGAG